AUGUACGCCGCCGCCCUGCUCCCGCUUCUUGCUAUCCUUGCCUCCGCCACUCCUGUCAAGCGAUGGUCGUACGAAAAGUACUAUGAUCUCCAAGCUCAUCGAGGUGGACGUGGUGAGACUAUCGAAAACACGCUGCCGUCUUUCGCCCAAGGUCUUUUAAACGGUGUCACCACUCUGGAACUUGAUUGUGGUAUAACCAAGGACGGCCAUGCUGUGGUUUGGCACGAUGAGAAUAUCGAUCCUACCAAAUGUAAAGAUACAGGUGCCGUAUUCGAUAACGAUCCUAUGUUCCCAUAUGUUGGGAAGUAUAUUGCCAAUUUGACUCUGGCUCAAGUACAGUCUCUUGAUUGCGGUUCUCUGAGACUAGACGGUUUCCCCCUUCAAGAAAUCGUUCCCAAGACCAGACUUGCGACCCUUCCUGAAUUGUUCGAUUUCGUUAAAUGUGCCACUGACGAACCUGUUCUAAUUACCCAUCAAUCUUUCGAUUGGAGAGCUUUGAUCAAAUCCAAAGAGGUAUAUCCUGAAUUACGAACUUCAGCCCUUUGUGCUGACUCUACUCUCUACAAGGGAGGUGGUAAUCUUACAAGUCAUCAAAGGGGACCUUCAGGAAUGGUAGCUGGAAUCGACGUUGAUAGUUUCCCAGGUGAUACUGUCUGUGAAAGAGUCGUUCGAGCCGCCCACUCGUUCGGUGCCGACUACAUCUCUCCUACCGAGACAGCCGCUGCUUCUGCCGCAGGAGCCCUUGACCCAUCUAUGGACGGAUGGAUAUCAUUCGUUAGUAAGGAAAUGGUUGAUACAGCUCAUGAACUCGGUAUGGGUGUCAAACCCUGGACUGCCAACCGUAAGAACACAUUCGACUACUUGAUCGAUCUUGGAGUGGAUGGUGUCAUUACAGAUUUCCCUCAUGAGUUCAGAAGACAUCUGGAACAUUUGGGAGGAUACGAUCUCGCACCUCUUGCUGAUCCUUCAAGGGUCGCCAAAUGUUUAGCUAAACAUAAUCAGCUCACCUCUUAA